UCCAGUGAGCGAGGGCAGAAUCGAUAAGACGGACGCCUAGCGCCAGUCUACAGGCGACGUGCGUCGUGACGGCAACACGUUAUCGGUCGAAAUAUAACCUGCAAAAGACCAAGCGAUAUUUCGCGAAAAUGACAAUUAGCCGGAGAUGGAAUAUUCAGUACCAUCGCUCUGAUCUAAGUGAAAGAUAGAUCGUAGAUCUGCUAUCUGAUGAUGUGCUGUUAUAACCGUCAAAAGUUCUUAGUAGUUUUUAGUGGAGACUGAUAGAAAACCGAAAAACACCUCAUAAAGGUUAAAAAUAUGAAUCCGUCUGAUUACUGUGAUAUUUCCUUCAAAAAAUCUUUGGAACAAUGCGAGCUCAACAAAAUGUCUUCGCCUUCCAAUAUAGCCGCUAAGCACCUGAGUAAAUCUGCCUCUGAACUGAGCAGCCCCAGAGAAAUGCCAGAAGUCCGGCCCAGUUCUGCGGCUCCUCCAGAGCACACCCAUGUUUCUGUUUAUCAGAAAGCGCACAGUUUCAUCUCUCAACUCAAGCAUCGAUGGAGUCAUGGGAAGAGAGAACGGAAAUUUCGAAAAAAAUCACCUGGCCGCCAAGAUUCAACAGAUUAUGCAGCUGAUCUCAGCAGUGAUCAUAGCACACCUAGUACACAAAGUCCAGCGAGACAUAUUUUCAGCACAAGAACAGAUUCUCCGUUGAGUCGAUCUGGCUUAGAUAAUACACAUUCAUCAACACCAAGUGGUUCGCCGGCUCUCAAAUCCAAGUCAACAACACCUGGAACAGUUGCUGGAUUGGAUCUAUUACCUGCAAGUUCAAAUAAUGAAGUGGCUCACAGGAGAGAAGCAGCCCUGAAAGAACAUUCCUUCUUCCAACUGAAAGUACAUCUACGUCGUGGCUUGCGCUUGACUGCCAUGGAUAAGAAUGGUUUGAGUGAUCCCUACGUGAAAUUCAAGGUCAGCGGCAAUCUCCUGUACAAAUCGAAGACUAUAUCGAGAGACCUUAAUCCUACUUGGGAUGAACAUUUCACGGUUCCCAUAGAAGAUCCUUUUGUGCCGCUACAAAUCAAGGUUUUCGAUUAUGAUUGGGGAAUGCAAGACGAUUUCAUGGGUUCCGCCAUGCUGGAUCUUACAUCUUUAGAUCUCAUGAGAUCGACAGAUUUGACCCUACCAUUGCAAGAUCCGAUGAGAAAGAAUGAAGACUUGGGGGAAAUAAUUUUAAGUGUAACACUCCUACCCGUCACACAGGAAGAUAAGGAUCAGUAUUUCCCCAAAAACAGCAAAAUGAGUGACGCGUGUAGAAGGCUGAAAUCCCAGAUAUGGAGCUCUGUUGUUACUAUCGUUCUUGUAGAGGCUAAGAAUUUAUUAGGCUGUGAUCCUGAAACCACCACGACUGAUUCAUAUGUUAGAUUCAGGUUAGGUAACGAGAAGCACAAGACUAGGACAGUGUGGAGGUCUUCCAAUCCCAGGUGGCUGGAACAAUUCGACCUUCACCUCUACGAUGAUGGAGAUCAACAAUUGGAAAUAACAGUAUGGGACAAAGAUAGCAGGAAUAGGGAUAACUGCAUAGGAAGGUGCCAAAUUUGUCUGAAGAAUUACACACGGGAGGUCACACAUAACUUGUGGCAGAGUUUCGAAGAAGGCUCAGGUUCAUUGCAUCUUCUCUUAACGAUCAGUGGUACGACUGCCUCGGAAACAAUAACAGAUUUGACAACAUAUGAAGAGGAUCCAAAUGAAAUGGAGGAAAUAAGGAGUCGAUAUGAUUGGCAAAAAACAUUCCAUAACUUGAAAGACGUGGGUCAUCUGGUGGUCAAAGUGUACAGGGCUUCGGGCCUAGCAGCUGCCGACAUAGGUGGAAAGAGCGAUCCGUUUUGCGUCCUGGAACUGGGAAACGCGAGGCUCCAAACCCAAACCGAAUACAAGACCUUGACGCCAAACUGGAACAAAAUUUUCACGUUCAAUGUGAAGGAUAUCAAUAGCAGCCUCGAAAUAACGGUGUACGACGAGGACAGAGAUCACAAAAUGGAAUUUCUUGGUAAACUGAUAAUUCCGUUACUGAGGAUACGAAACGGGGAGAAGAGGUGGUUCGCCCUCAAAGAUAAGAAGCUGAGGUUGAGGGCCAAAGGGAACAACCCUCAGAUACUUCUGGAGAUGUAUCUCACUUGGAAUCCACUCAGGGCUUGUAUCAGAACUCUGAAUCCAAGGGAAGAGAAAUACAUGCAGAGCGAGGUCAAAUUCAAGCGGCAGGUCUUUUUGAAAAAUGUGAUGAGGCUGAAAGUGUUCAUUAUUCUUUUUUAUGAAUUCCUCAAAAUUUUCGAGAACUGCUUCGAGUGGGAAUCAACAAUUCAGAGUUUCGCAGCUUUGUCCGUAUGGCUUCUUCUCUGCUACUAUUUCGAACCUUGGAUGGUGCCCGUCGGAAUUCUGUUGGUAUUCUUGAAACAGUACAUCGUGAAAACUUUAGCGGGACCCACGAACAUCCCUUGGGAUGAAACUGUCGAUUCUGAUGAGAUGGAGGACGAUGAAGAAGAAGUGAAAGAUGCUAUGAGUGAAGAGAAAAGAACAUUGAAGGAGAGGUUGCAGGCUAUUCAAGAGGUUACUCAAAGUGUUCAAAAUGCUAUAGGUAAAAUAGCGUCCCUACUCGAAAGUGUCAAAAAUACAUUCAAUUUCACCGUUCCAUAUCUAUCUUGGAUAGCUAUCACCAUGCUUCUAGCCGCAACAGUGGUGCUAUAUUUCAUCCCGAUGAGAUAUUUACUUAUGUUGUGGGGCACAAAUAAAUUCUUGAGGAGGAUACUGAGACCGCAUGCUGUUCCAAAUAACGAACUGAUGGAUUUACUGUCUAGAGUACCUGAUGAUGAAAUGAUGACGUGGAUCAUGAAAUUAUUGGCCACUGCACUGUCCACACAUGUGGGCAGAAUGUCACUCCGAUGGUACUUACAGCUCGACUAUAAAGACCUGAAGCUUCUCACUGGAACGAGUGAACCAGAGAGAAGAAGAGAUGUCAAAAAGAAGCACAAAACUUCCUAGUGGAGACCCCUACAAACGGUGCCGGAGAAAUGGCGUGUGAGGUUUUACAAGAUGACUUCCAAUAAGCGUGAUUGAACACAGGUGUGUUCAAAAUCUGAUCAUAUUUCUGUUGAAUAUUUAUCCCAAAAAUUAUGAAAGUGUCUCA